AGUAACACGUCAUUCUAGUGGAGUGCAUACCCGGCUGAUAGGGAGUGAUCUCCUCAACGUCGUCUCUGUGUCCUCUCGGGCAUCCGUCUCCAUUUACCUCCAGAUGCUGUAACUCGUUUCGAACCGAACAGUUUCUUUAUUGUUGUCCAUACCUAAGCUCAACUUAAUAUAAAAGGUNAGUGAUGGCAACCUACCAGGAGUUCAUUCAACAAAAUGAGGACAGAGAUGGGGUGAGAUUCAGCUGGAACCUCUGGCCCUCGAGCCGCCUUGAAGCCACCAGGCUGGUAGUCCCUGUCUCCUGCCUCUUCACACCUCUCAAAGAGAGGCCCAACUUGCCACCGGUCCAGUAUGAGCCAGUUCUUUGCAGCCGGGCCAACUGUAAGGCAGUGCUCAACCCACUAUGUCAAGUUGACUUCAGAGCAAAAAUAUGGGCCUGCAACUUCUGCUUCCAGAGAAACCCUUUCCCUCCCUCUUACGCAGGCAUAUCAGACGUGAACCAGCCAGCUGAGCUUAUGCCACAGUUUUCUACAAUUGAGUACAUAGUACAGCGUGGUCCUGCAGCUCCUCUCAUCUUCCUGUAUGUGGUGGACACAUGUUUGGAAGAAGAAGAUCUCCAGGCUCUCAAGGAGUCUCUCCAGAUGUCCCUCAGUCUGCUGCCCCCCAACGCUCUUGUGGGCCUCAUCACAUUUGGCCGCAUGGUUCAAGUUCAUGAGCUGAGCUGCGAGGGGAUUGCUAAGAGCUAUGUGUUCCGAGGCACCAAGGACCUUACCGCCAAACAGAUACAGGAGAUGCUGGGUUUAACAAAGCCAGCUGUAACAGGACAACAAGGUCGUCCUUUGGCCCCUCAGGAUGCUGCUGCCACUUGCAAGUUUCUUCAGCCUGUGCAUCGAGUCGAUAUGAAUCUGACAGAUUUGCUGGGAGAGCUUCAGAGAGACCCGUGGCCUGUCCCUCAGGGUAAACGGCCACUCCGAUCCACUGGUGUUGCGCUGUCUGUCGCCGUCGGCCUGCUGGAGGGUACAUUCCCCAACACAGGGGCUCGUGUGAUGCUUUUUAUUGGAGGACCACCCACCCAGGGCCCUGGAAUGGUGGUGGGAGAUGAGCUGAAAACUCCAAUUCGUUCCUGGCAUGACAUCCAGAAAGACAACGCUCGCCAUCUGAAAAAGGCCACCAAGUAUUAUGAAGCCUUGGCCAAUCGUUCAGCAACAAAUGGCCACAGUAUUGAUAUCUAUGCCUGCGCCCUAGACCAGACUGGACUGCUUGAAAUGAAGUGCUUAUCUAAUCUCACUGGGGGGCACAUUGUGAUGGGAGACUCCUUUAAUACCUCAUUGUUCAAACAAACCUUCCAGAGAGUCUUUAGUAAGGACUACAAUGGUGACUUCCGCAUGGCCUUUGGAGGUGUCCUGGAAGUCAAGACCUCGAGAGAGCUGAAGGUUUGCGGUGCAAUUGGACCGUGUGUUUCACUCAACUCAAAGGCUCCCUGUGUAUCAGAGAAUGAAUUGGGCACUGGUGGCACCAGCCAAUGGAAGGUGUGCGGUCUCAACCCCUCCACUACUUUGGGCAUCUAUUUUGAAGUUGUGAAUCAGCACAAUGCACCAGUCCCUCAGGGCGGACGUGGGGCAGUCCAGUUUGUAACCCAGUACCAGCACUCAAACACACAAAGAAGGAUACGGGUCACCACCAUCGCCAGGAACUGGGCAGAUGCCCAAUCUCAGAUUCAGCACAUCGAAUCAUCCUUUGACCAAGAAGCAGCUGCAGUGCUCAUGGCCCGCCUGGGCGUCUUUAGGGCAGAGUCUGAAGAGGGUCCAGAUGUGUUGCGUUGGCUUGACAGGCAGCUCAUCCGCCUGUGUCAGAAAUUUGGCCAGUUCAACAAAGAUGAUCCGACAUCCUUUAGACUGUCAGAGUCUCUGUCCCUCUAUCCACAGUUUAUGUUCCACUUGCGACGGUCACCAUUCCUGCAAGUUUUCAACAACAGCCCAGAUGAGUCCUCCUACUACAGGCAUCACUUUGUCAGGCAAGACCUGACCCAGUCCCUGAUCAUGAUCCAGCCCAUCCUCUACUCGUACUCCUUCUACGGUCCACCAGAGCCUGUGCUCCUGGACAGUAGCAGUAUCCUGCCAGAUCGAAUCCUGCUGAUGGACACCUUCUUCCAGCUGGUUAUCUACCAUGGAGAGACCAUUGCUCAGUGGCGAAAAGCAGGCUACCAAGAAAUGGCAGAGUACGAGAACUUCAAACAGCUGCUGCAGGCUCCACUGGAUGACGCUCAAGAGAUCCUACAGACACGCUUCCCCAUGCCACGCUACAUCGACACUGAGCACGGAGGCUCUCAGGCUCGCUUCCUGCUCUCCAAGGUCAACCCAUCGCAGACCCACAACAACCUCUAUGCCUGGGGACAGGAGACAGGAGCCCCAAUCCUUACUGAUGACGUGAGCCUGCAGGUCUUCAUGGACCACUUGAAGAAACUGGCUGUUUCCAGCUCAGCAUAGAACUCGCUAUUCCACCUCAAAGAGAAAAGAAUUGAUACAGCAUUUUUCUUCCAUCGGAAUCCAUUAACAUUUCUGCAGUUUUGUAAAGGAGCCAAACCGAGACAGUCUACUGUUUGUGCUUGUUUCAGUUUGCUGUUUGGAGGCCAAUGUGAUGUUUAUACGACACAAAAAAGGGUGAUGGCACAUUGGUAUAUUUAAAACAAAAAAAACGAUAGUAAUAACAUGUCUACUCAUUUUCAAUAAACAGCUUAUUUAUGAGAAAUGUUUCUAGUUCUCCUCAACCAAACUGUCCUCGUAUCAAUAAUAUCCCUACUUCUGUUUAAUAUUUGGUAUUACCUCUGAAAUGCAGAAUGAUUAGACUAAUACUUUCAUCUUUUUUUCUUUUCUUUUUUUUUUUUUUAUAAAAUAUGUAUCUACUGCAUCAGACUGUGUAUAAGGUGCUGUUUAAUAGGAUGAUUAUUUGUGUCUGCUUUUGUCUAUAGCUAAAUUUGACAUGUCUAGAAAUGUUUUCAUUAAUAAAUUAUAAUGGUACCACUUGUUUAAAAAAUA